UAGAGUGCAGAGACUGUCCACUCUCCCGCUCUACCCUACUCCAUGCACGAGAUGGCCAGUCAAAGGCUGCUGCUCCUCCUGGCGCUCCUCCUCCUGACACUGCUCGCGGCGGCGGUCGCCGGAGAAGGCGACGACGUGCCCGCCGCCGGCACAGACGGAGCGAAUGCCACCGCCGGCGCGGGGACACCGGCCGGCGGGACGCUCGACGUGCGGGCGAGGAAGUGGUGGCGGUUCCCGGCGACGGAAGGCCUGGUCACGGGCAGCGAGCGGAGGGUGCCCAACUCAUCGGACCCCCUCCACAACCGCUGAUGCGUUGUGCACUUGUGCGCCAAUCGCCUACCGUUCGUGCAUUCCUUCGUGCUGCUUCAACUUCUGCUAGUAGCCUGGUAGUUUUACUUGCCCGAUGCUUUUGGCUGCAGAAUGUGGCUUAGUGUUUUUUUUUUUUGAAAGGGAGAAUGUGGCUUAGUGUUCAGAGUUCAGAGAAUUGAAUUGCGUAUACGAGUAAAUGUAGCUGAUUUUGGUUUAUAGCUGGUUUGCCAGCUCGAGUGCUUGUAAUCACAAAUUCAUCGGCAGUUUGCACCGUUUGUAUAUAAGU